GUGCUGCUCUGCAAGCUCAUCAACGUGAUCCAGCCCGGGAGCGUGAAGAAGAUCAACAAGGGCUCCUUCGCGUUCAAGCAGAUCGACAACAUCGGCAUGUUCCUCCGCGGGUGCGAGGCGCUGGGCAUGCCGCGCGCCGACUGCUUCUCGGCGAACGACCUCUACCAGGGCGACAACAUGAAGAAGGUCCUCGCCUGCCUCGACAGCCUCGGCGGCCUCUGCCAG